UUGGAUUCAGAUUUAUCUUGAUCUGUCCUUUCUCUCGAACCCUCUUCUCCGGUCAAUCUGUGCGGUGAGAACUUCCGUCGGGCCCUGAUCUCUCCCGCUUGUAGCCAUGGAAGACGAGUUCGCGGAUAAGGUGCCUCCAUCCUUUUACGAAAUGGGCAACAAGAUCAUUCAUGAAACUGAAGCCAAAGGAUUCAACCCCGGAUUGAUAGUGCUGCUACUUGUGGGGUCAUUACUGUUGAUAUUCCUUGUUGGGAACUAUGCGCUUUACAUGUAUGCACAGAAGACCCUUCCUCCAAGAAAGAAGAAGGUGAUCUCCAAGAAGAAGAUGAAGAAGGAGAAGUUGAAGCAAGGAGUCUCUGCACCAGGGGAGUAAGAAUUUGAGUCCUUUCUGUUCUUUUCAGAAGUUAGUCAUGUUAUGACAGUUAAAGAGUUGUCACAGUUAAACUGUAGCCUCUUACUUAGAAGUUUAACCCAAUUUUUGGGUAGACUAAGGAGUAAAAAUGGUAUUUUGUGCUUAUGAAGUGCACGUUUUACAUCAUUAUUAUGCGUUUAUCUUUGUUUUCCCCUUCGUAAAUUUGGCAAAUUG